AUGGUUAGCCUUGCAAAAUCCAAAAGAGUAAAACCUGAUUGGAUUUUGACUGAAGAUUGGAGAGUCAUGUUAGAUUAUUGGCGCACACCAAAAGCCAAAGAAUUAAGUGAGAAAUCUCGUUCUGCUCGACUGUUUAAUCAUGAUGGUUACGGCCCACAUCGACACAGAUCAGGUUCACGUUCGUAUGCCAAAGUUCAAGAUGCUCUGAUUCAGAAACGAGUCGAAGGUGUGGAGAAGUUGGUCAAGCUCAACGAGUCAACCUGCUACUCCAUGAACUUCUGCUUCUCCACUUAUUUAAACUUCCUUGCAUGA